AUGACAUCGUCGUCGGCUACCCACCAAGACGAGCCAAUCAGUGCCAAUCUGAUGGUGGCCACAGACCGCACACAAUGCCAGCGGCUGAAAAAACUGGUGAACAAGGAAGACGCUACCACGAUGGUGGUGGUGAUGUCGAGGGCAGAAGCACCGGCCGACGAGAAGCCUACACCGCCAAGCAUGCAUCCGCUGCUAGCGGAGGCAGCAUGCAGAGGCAACUGGGAAGAAAUUACCUAUCUUCUCGAGAGCGAAGAAGACCUGCACAGGCAUUCAAGUAAGACUCCUAGCAAAGAGUUUCUUGAUAAGCUAGCGGCAUAUUCCACAGGUAACCACCAGGCCAGCAGAAGCUCGGCGGCGGCAAUGCAGCCAGCUCCUGCUGACGUGGAACAAGGCAUUGGUGCAGUGCCUCGUCGUCUCAUCAAGGGUGUCACCAUGGAAGGAGACACGGCACUGCAUUUGGUGGCAGCCAAUGGGGAUGAUAGUAGCUUCCUGAAAUGCGCCGUCCUAAUCCACGGCAAGGACAAAGACCUGCUGUGGAAGCAAAAUGACAAGGGUGACACACCCUUGCAUUGUGCUGCCAGGACAGCGAGGUCCGAAAUGGUCUCUCAUCUUGUUGUUCUAGCAACUGGGGACAACAUAGUUGAAGAACUCCUAAGACAGGAGAACAAUAGUAAUGAGACGGUCCUGCAUAUGGCUGUGCGUAAUGGGGAUCAUCAAUUGGUCAAACAUUUGUUGGCAGAAGACCCAAAAUUGGCCUGUUUUCCUGAAAAAGAAACUUCACCACUCUACCUAGCCAUUCUACUGGAAAAAGGCAGCAUUGCACGGAUAUUGUAUAAUGAGUCUGAAAAUAAUGUGCUGUCCUAUUCCGGCCCAAAUGGACAAAAUGCGUUGCAUGCUGCCGUUCUACGAGGCCCAGUGCUUACAAGAAUGUUAUUGGAAUGGAACACGAGUAAGAAGCUUACCACAGAAACGGAUGAAAAUGGUAGUACGCCACUUCACUUAGCAGCAGGCUUGCCGGGGGCAGGAUGGCGUGGAAGCCCAUGUGCACAAGUGUUCAACGCCAACACCGCUGUUCUGUAUCAACCAGACAAUAAUGGAUUAUCCCCCAUACACGUGGCUGUUGCAGCACAGGCCAAUGGGCCUUUUCAGUAUCAACCAGACAAUAAUAUUGUUUGGCUUUGGGCCAAAAGCAAUGCCAUUCCCAUGUUCGUGAAGAAGUGCCCCAGCAGUGCUGGUCUGCGUGACGCUAAGGGGAGGACGUUCCUUCAUGUUGCUGUGGAGAAAAAGAAUGCGAUGGCAGUGUUCUAUGCUUGCAGAAGUGGAUCUCUAGCAUGGAUUAUGAAUAUGCAAGACAGAGAAGGGAACACUGCACUACACUUAGCUGUCAAGGAUGGGAAUAAUCUUGGUAUAUUUCGUGGUCUAUUUGGGAGCACACAAGUCAACUUGAAUUUAACAAAUGCAGAAAAUCAAACGCCUCUAGAUAUAGCACUGUAUCAGCUCCGCCCAUCUUUUUAUGAUGUAAUGGAGGACCCUGAAAUCUGGAUAAAGAGGGCACUCAUAAUUGCUGGUGCUACUCGAGGUGUUUCUCGCAUGGAUCAUUUUUAUGAAGAGUAUGAAAAUCAUCAUGGAGUAAACUCUGACUACUAUAAAGACAAAGAAUUGGAGAUGUUGAAAGAUUCGACGCAGUCUCAAUCUAUUGGCUCUGUUCUAAUAGCAACUGUGACGUUCGGUGCAAUGUUUGCCUUGCCUGGUGGUUACAGAGCUGACGAUCACCAGUUUGGAGGUACACCUACACUUGCUGGGACGUAUGCCUUUCACGCAUUCAUGAUAGCCAACACAAUUGCUUUCAUUUCUUCCACAAUGGCUACUCUCGGUUUCAUGUUUGCUGGGUGUGCAAAGCUUAGCUUGGUAAGACGCAAAAUCCAUUUUGACAAAACCACGGGCUUCAUGCACAAUUCCGUUAUGGCCUUGACGAUUGCCUUCGCACUCGGUGUGUACACAGUGCUGGCUCCUGUUGCUCAAUACACUGCCAUUUUGAUCUGUGCAGUGAGUCCUCUUGUAGUGUUAUACAACUUCGCUGACUUUUGGCUGAAUUGGUUCCUUUUUGCACUACCACUACAUGCUAGAAAAGGGACAUUCUGGACAUUACGGGUGUACACAUUUGUAGUCCUGGCAGAUUUAUUCAGCGUAUCAUGGCUCUUCAUAGCAAUCUUCGUUUGGGCCGCUUAUGGAAGGAACCAUCCUAUUUCAAUCUCGAUAUCACCAGCACAAGCGCCAGCCAGGUUUACUUAA